AUGGGCUGCGGGCAAUCCCAUCCGCUCGCUGAAUUAAGUGAUUGCCUGAUUGCGAUGGUGAAUGUGCCAUCGCCUUCGCGAGCAAGCUCUACUCCUACAAGGGGACGCAUUCCAAAUGUAGGAGCAAGGCUUGCCCGCGAAGGGGCAUUAACUGUCCCCACACCAACAAACUGUCCGCACCACAACAGUGCAACCCCCUCCUUCCCCAGCACAAGAUUGUGA